UCAGAAAAAUGGUGAGCAGAAGAGAAUAUCUACUAUGGCUAAUUAUUAACAGCCGAUGGCUCGCGCAUUGUGCUUUUGAAAACUCUUAUUUUUCACAAUUUGUUCACAUUCUUUGAAAGAACCGAUAAGUUGUUGAAUCCUCAAAAGCAACUUGACUUCUCCCUCAAAAUCUUAUCCAGUUUUCGCCCGAAAUUCACUAUAAAGUUUCUGCUGGCCAGCAAGUCUCAAAAAUGACCGACCUCAAAUAAGUCAGCAAUUAUUGCAUCAUUAGUUUACUCCAUUGAUUAUAAUUAUCUUCUCUUCGAUAUGGGUCACAAUGGCGGCAAUAAAGGUACCCUCAUACCAGCCUUUCUCGCAGUGUUCGCGUCUUCGUGUGCUGUUUACUGCUCCCUGGGUUUCAAACGAUACCCCCACGCAAUCUGGGUCAGCAUGUGGUGGAACGGACUGCUCUUAUGUUGCCUAUAUCCUUUACAGCCCAUCUUCAAAAGCAAUAAUAAAAAUUUAUCCCCAAAAGGACAUGAGACCCGCCGCGGAGGGGGUGGGUUAAGAGGAAUAGGGUGGACAACUGCUGCUGUUCUGUUUGUGGAAGUUACAGCCGGGUGUGUGCAUGUAGUGACUCAGUACUUGGUGCUCAGGUACCUCAAUCUUGGAGAUGCUAUGGUGCUUGCCAAUGGACUGCAACUGUUCGGCAUGAUAGUGGGAGAGUUCAUUGCCCUCUCUCGGCGUCCUUCAGUCGUUUCAAUCAUAUCAUCAGUUCUGAUUCUAUUUGGGGUUUUCCUGGUUGCCAAGCCUCCGAUCGUAUACCAGUAUCUGGACUCAUCGUCGCAUGCUGUUUCUGGAAAUGGCGACUCGAAAUUCGAUCUGGAUUAUCUAAUAGGUACUCUAUUGUGUGGGGUGGCGUCUCUGUGUGGUAAUGUGUACUAUCUACUGCUGGCCAGACUGCCCCACCUGUCGGAGACAUUCCACGUGGGCUGCAUGGGAGCUGUACUCCUAAUCCCCUGCACUGCCUUGCAUUUAUACGCAGACAUAUCAGAUACCAUCAGCAGUUUGGUUCCGUGUGGAGUGGUGGCCAAGUUGCUGGUGUUCUCUUUCGGACUGAGUCAGUGCAGUGGCCACUUUGCAGCUGUCGUCUCCAGCCAACAGAGCUCGCCCCUCUUCUCCCUUAUAGUCCGACUGGUCGUCAUCCCAAUCGGAUACAUCGCGCAGGUGCUUUAUCUUGGAGAAAGUAUACUAACGUCAUCUCUGAUUGGAGCAACAAUCAUAGUUGGCGCCAUCUGUCUCCAGUCUGGCUACACAAUCUUAGCUCAGAAAAGACAGCUGCGAAAGGCUCUCAAACAGAUGAAUCUCAAUCUGCAGAAAAAUCAACAGGACGAAGCAAUCGAGAUGAAGACUCACGAUGAUUCGGACAGAAAAAACAUUGAGACAGAAACAUGAGUUUCGAAGAGCCAUGCAAAAACAAAGUCUACUCUGAGAAAUAAAAAUCAUAUCUUGAGGCCUUUGUGAAUAGAAAUUGAUCCAAAGUUAUAGAUUAUAUCGUGUAAAAAUUAUACCAUGUUUUGGAAUUUGGAAAAACCACAGACAAUGAAAAAAUCACUUAACUUUAGCUGCCUUUUUAGGGUUGUAUUUGUAGCUAAUUUUUUGCCUGGACGUAAUUGCCUUUCAUUUUGUAAUAAUUGAAUUAUGUUAAUGAAAUAGAUAUGAUGGUAGUGCGUAGAAGUUUUCUUUUACCAU